CUUUCAGGUCUGAUAUUAGUAGCAAUGCAAGAACUAAUCGCUGGUCUGGAAAAGUUCAGCUUUGACCUUGAAAGGGAUGUUGAAUGUCAGAGGGGGUCCCUAAUCCUGCCUUUCCAAGGCAUGGACAAGUCAGCAGCAGCUGUGUGUGACUUCUUCAUUAGAGGGCUAUGCAGGAAAGGUCCUAUGUGUCCGUUCCGGCACCUGUCCGGGGAGAAGACUGUGGUCUGCAAACAUUGGCUGAGGGGUUUGUGUAAGAAGGGUGAUCACUGCGAAUUUCUGCAUGAGUACGACAUGGACCGCAUGCCUGAGUGCUACUUCUACUCCAAAUUUGGAGAAUGUAGCAAUAAGGAUUGCCCUUUCUUACACAUUGACCCAGCAUCUAAGAUUAAGGAUUGCCCGUGGUACGACAGAGGUUUCUGCAAACAUGGUCCAGCAUGUAAACACAGGCACACACGCAGAGUCAUAUGCACAAACUACCUUGUUGGCUUCUGUCCAGAAGGUCCUAUAUGUAAAUAUGUACACCCUAAAACAGAUUUGGUUCUUUGCAGUCCAGACCACUUGAAGCAUGCUGCUGCUCCCCAGAGGGUCACUGUACCGUCCCUCCCCUGUGAUCCAGAGCCUAUUGUAAAGCACCAGGCCUUCUUGAUGGAGCUCCCACAUCUCUCACACCUGACUGUAAUUAGCAUGAUGCAUGAACGUUUCAGAAAGAUGCACGAGACUUCCUGUGGGGGUCUGCGUCCGCUGGAGCAGGUCACUUGUUUUAAGUGCGGAGACCGGGGCCACUAUGCCAAUAAGUGCAGCAAGAGCCGUUACACUGUCCUGAUGAGGAGGUGAAGAGGACACCGAAGGAGGACUGGGUGCACAGAUAUCACCAAGCCUCCAACCACGUCUGUAAGGUUUCUACACCACUGUGGGGUGAAUUCAGACUAAGGUCUCAAUUCAAAUGCAACAGUGCUCUAAAAGACAACAUUUGCAGGGACAUGUUCAAAUUUUAGCACUGAAACUUUUCAACCUCAAAGAUUAAGUAGCCUAGAAGAUAAGAUAUUCCUAGAUCACUAUAUUGUUAAGCUAUGCAUUGAAUAAAAUAAUACUUUGAUCAUA